CGGUUCCUGAAGCGAGUUGGCGAGGACGCCAAAAUAGGUGCGAGAGAUACUACAAGGAAAAAGGGCAGUGAGAGAGAGAAGUCGAUUGUUGGGCAGCUCGCUUCCUCCGACUUGACUUUCCGGCUAUCGGUGGAGGUGCUCAUCGUGCUGAAUGCUAUACUGGUUGCCUCUUCGAUCGUCUUCUUCGCUGCUUUCUAGGGUUUCUCCAUUCUACAGCGCUGGGAGUGUGAAGAUUGUCUCUAUGCUCUUCUUUUUUAGCCGGUUCUAGUUCGCUGAAUGAGCUUUCAGAUAGGUUCUUUUCCGGUCGUUCUAUCUGAAUUUCUGUUUAGAGACUUGAUGCCUGUGCUACUUCUUUGCUGCUUUUCAUCUUUUUGAUGAAAUUCUUGUUAAGAAUACCCAAUUGUAUCGGAGUUGUUCUAGCAGCCUGGAACGUUAAGACAGUAUUCUCACUUUUCAUGUCUAAGGCUAUUUAUUCUGAUGUAGUAUGCAGUGUACCAGAACAUAGCGAGUAGUAGGGAAAAAGUGUCUUUUUUAGUGGAUCGGAUGCCUUGUCAUGGGAAUGAAUUCAGAAUAAGAAAGGCACUGGGGGAGUCAUGAAUUCUAGUAUAGAUGAGAUUACCCUCCUCCACCAAGCACAGGCCAGGGUCACAGCCCAUCAUCAUAUGGUUGUGAGAGGGAUUGGAGAAGAAAUCGACUUGGAGAUUGGGCCUGGAGAUGAUGACCCAACAUUCUCCAGCACUACCCUUGUAGGCGUACCUACGCAUGAAUCUGUCGCUCCUGAAGAUCAAGAUGACCACAAACAAAUACUUUUGGCAUCUCAAGUUCCCACCGAUGAUCAGUCUCAGUUAGUGAAGGCACCUCAGGGAAAAAGAAAAAAGAAGGUAGUGAAAAAGUGGAGGGAGGAAUGGGCUGAUACCUACAAGUGGGCCUAUGUAGAUAUGCAUGAGGGUACAGCUAGGAUAUUCUGUUCUGUUUGUAGAGAAUAUGGAAGGAAACAUCGGAGGAAUCCAUAUGGAAAUGAAGGGAGUAGGAAUAUGCAAAUGAGUGCACUGGAAGAACAUAACAACAGCUUGCUGCAUAAGGAAGCUCUUCGCCUACAGAUGGCAUCUAAGGACAAGGUUCUUCAUGUUGAUAAACCUGUUUAUGUCAAAGCAUUAAUGUCAAAGUCUGCCAGUUCAAUUCUUGAGUCAGUUUUGAGAAGGGACCCUCAUGAAGUUGAGUUUAUACAAUCUGUUCAAGAGGUGGUUCAUUCUUUAGAGCCUGUAUUGCUGAAAAACUCUCAGUAUGUCCAUAUCCUGGAACGUCUGUUGGAACCAGACCGAGUGCUAAUUUUUCGAGUGCCAUGGGUUGAUGAUAGGGGAGAGGUUCAUGUUAACCGAGGCUUUCGAGUGCAGUUUAGCCAGGUCCUAGGUCCAUGUAGGGGCGGCCUUCGCUUUCAUCCAUCAAUGAACUUGAGUAUCACAAAAUUUCUAGGUUUUGAUCAGACAUUAAAAAAUGCUUUGUCUCCGUAUAAACUUGGAGGAGCUGGGGGUGGGAGUGAUUUUGAUCCAAAGGGAAAGAGUGAGUCAGAGCAGAUCAUGCGAUUCUGUCAAAGCUUUAUGGACGAGCUAUAUAAAUAUCUGGGUCCUGACCAGGAUCUUCCUGCAGAGGACAUGGGUGUUGGUCCAAGGGAAAUGGGUUACCUCUUUGGUCAGUAUAGGCGUCUUAGUGGUCAUUUUCAGGGAAGUUUUACAGGACCUAAAAUAUUCUGGUCUGGAUCAAGUCUCCGUACUGAAGCUACUGGUUAUGGGCUGGUUUUCUUUGCACGCCUUAUUCUUGCUGAGAUGAACAAGGAACUCAAAGGACUAAGAUGUGCAGUUAGUGGUUCUGGGAAGAUAGCAAUGCAUGUUCUCGAGAAGCUUGAUAGUUGUGGCGCUAUCCCAAUUACUGUUUCAGAUUCCAAGGGCUAUUUACUGGAUGAAGAUGGAUUUGAUUAUAUGAAAAUAUCGCUCAUUCGAGACAUUAAGCUUCAACAAAAAAGUCUGAGAGAGUAUUUGAAAUCAAAUCCAAGGGCAAAAUACUUUGAAGAUGCAAAACCUUGGAGUGAAUGCUGUGAUAUUGCCUUCCCUUGUGCCUCUCAAAACGAAAUAGAUCAACCUGAUGCCAUUGCCUUGGUAAAUUCUGGAUGUCGUGUACUUGUAGAAGGUUCAAAUAUGCCCUGCACCCCUCAAGCAAUUGAUAUUCUAAGAAAAGCUAAAGUACUUGUUGCUCCAGCAAAGGCUGCUAGUGCUGGAGGGGUAGCAGUUGGGGAGCUUGAACUUAGCCAUGAGUGCAACUUGAUGCAGGGGUCAUCUGAGGGCUUUGAGGCUAAGUUACAGGUAUUCGAGGCUAAGUUACAGGAGACAAUGAAAUAUAUGUACGAGAGGUCGGUGAAAGCUGCAGGUGAAUACAACUACCUGAAAGAUAAUCCAGAAGCAUUAGUUCAUGGCGGAAACAUAUGUGCAUUUCUCGACAUUGCUCAUGCGAUGAUUGAUCAAGGAUGUGUCUGAGUCGAAAGUCCAGCAAUUUUUUUCCACAAAACAUCAGCUGACUGGGUGCGCGAAGAUGCAGUAGCGUCAUCUAUGCCCCAAGAACAUGUGAGGCUGACUAAUCUGUGUAAAAUAUUCAUUCUUGUAGUGACUUAGCUAGUUUUUGUAAAAUAGGCAAUUCUUGAGAAUUUCUGAAAGAGAUUCAUGAGAGCCAUAGUCGUCUGGGGAGCAAACUGUAAACCUGAUUACCAAUUGGCUUGCUAACAAAUAAAACGCAUCAUUCAUUUA